GUUUGCAGCUGCCGCCGAGAGUGUACUACCGUCCGAGUCCGCUUAGUGUCUCCGCUGUCGGAGCCUACCGCGUGAUUCACCCUUUUCUGUCCAGUCGCCGCCGUUUGCCGUUUCGUAGCAACCGCCAGCAUCACGCUGCGAAAUGCGCCCAGCUGCUGGUGGCAGUGAAAUGAUGCCAGCUAGCGGCACACACACGCACACUCCGUGACGUAGUGGACCGCCGUUGGUCAAGGACGAGUGCUGCGAGUCGGAUGGCGACGGUGAUCCGUGCGGCUUAGUGUACGGCCUCUCAGUGCGUAGCGACGAGUGCAUUUACCGAAGAAAUGUGAUCAUCCCAGUCGGCUGGGCUUUUUUAAUACUCUGCACUGUUUUAAUGUGUCGACCUUAAGCUCGGGGGUAGGAAAGGAGCAAGUGAGAGAGAGUUGUUUCGCGUGUGUGUGUGUAUGUGUGUGUAUGUGAUUGUGCGUGGUACGUGUACACUAGGUAGUAAAAGUAGCUUGCAGGAGAAACCCAUUGCAAAACAGUAGCGGUGCUAAGCAUCGCGGAUUUACUUCGGACGCCAUGAAACAAGAGCUUGCUGCGGUGGGAAAGUUCGCCGACGAAGGUCGCGAUGUGUACGCGAUCGAGCGGAAAGACACGGUGAUGGCCAUCCUGCGGAUGCAGCAGCCGGAGCACCGGUGGGAGACCUUUACGGUGGACCACGUAGACUGCGGCCCGGGGAGCCGCGAGGGUGACAACUACAUGUCGAUCAUCAAACGGGUGGUGGCCCAUUGCAACGGGAAGACACGCGACGGUCGAACGCACGUAUUCACCAUUUCGUUGAUCUUCAAACGCCAAAUCACCAACCCGAACCGGCGGAAACUGUUCCGGUGCGAUGCAGCCUUCGAGAACGAAAUAACGGCGUACACCAGCAUCAUUCCCAUCCUUCGGCGGAUAGCACCGUACAAGCUGCCGUACCCGGAGUGUUUUACCGCCGGUUCCGACGACCACGGCGACCGCAUCGUCCUGGAGGAUCUCACGACCAAAGGGUACGCGAUGGUGGAUCGGCGCAUUGGCCUCAGCUUCACGCAAUGCUGCGCCGUCAUAAAGGAGCUGGCCAAGCUGCACGCACUCUCGCUGAUCCUGAAGCACCUGCACCCGGCCCAGUACGGCGACGUCUGCGCGAAGGUGCGUGAGAUCGUGUUCUGCGCCGAAGCGGCCGACUUCUACACACAUUCCCUCGAGACGUCGCUGCGGGGCGCGCUGGACUCGCUGCGCUACAGCAACCAGGCGGGCGAGCUGGACCUCGAAGGCCCGAUAAAGGCCAUCGAAGGGCUGAGCGGGCGGCUCUUCCGCAUCAUGUCGCGCAUCGUGUGCGACGACGUGGACGAAUCGUGGCGCGUCAUCUGCCACGGCGACACCUGGGUCAACAAUCUGAUGUUCAGCGCCGACCGGCAGCAGGUGAAGCUGCUCGACCUGCAGACCAUGCGCUGCACCACGCCCGUCAUCGACAUCCUGCAUCUGCUCUUCACCAGCACCGGGCGUGAGGUGCGCCAGCGCCACACCGGGGACCUACUGCUGCACUACCAGCGGUCGCUCUUCGACGCACUGGACGAGCACCUGUGCGUGCUGGAGGACCAGAAGCUGGCCGGCAAGCUGCAGCGCAGCUUCGAGGACCUGUUCGCGUACGGUCGGCUGCGCGCCGAAUACGAGCGCUGCCUCCCGUACGGGCUAGGCAUCGCCAUGUGGCUCCUGCCGGCCGUCACCUUCAAUCCGAACCAGAUCCUAGACCUGGACGAGGUCACCAUCAACGACUUCAAGACGAACAACCACGAGAAAAAGAUCGCCCAGAUGGUCUCGGUCGACUACCACAAGCGGAUGCGCGACAUUGCCCUGGAGCUGUACGAGCAGGGGGUGCUGCAGCGGCUGAGAAAUGGGUGCAUCUAAACCCCGCGCGGCGUUCACUAUCUAGGCGGCCACCCCGCACGCCUACCCGCGGCGCCGUCAACGACGUGCUUGAAGCGUUGCGCGCGCGCGUGUGCCAGAUUUGUCGGCGGUCGGCUAGAAAUGGGUUCAAGGGCGCAGAGCGGUGUGCUCUAGAUCGCCCCUAGCGCGCCAUACACAACUUGUUUGGUGUUUGUUAUGCUUUUGCUAAUAGAAAGAACAACAAAACGUAGAAAUAGUUCAGCAGCACUCGGUCGGGGGAAGCACGGGCUCGCUUCCACUAUUGCGUGUCCGACCGACGCUAAGCUAGUUUAAACCCACACAACCAUAACCGCCAAGAGAUAGUGUGCAAAUAGUGUGAAGUGCGACUGCACCCAGCACCGUGCCACCUUCCCGUCUCUCCGUAAGCCAUAUAGCCAUUUGAGUGUAGAUUACGCAAUGAUUGCGAUGAAGCAGGGAGCGUAAGGACGAAAUAGGACGAAACAAGGGCGGCUUGACGACUCGUACCACGUGCGACCGUCGUGUGGCCAGGUUCAGCGGGCGAGUAUGUAGAAUAAAACAGAAUAAAGUUACCACUCGAAACCUGCUCCCCGCGAUAAGGCACCCUCUCGGAAUGGAAGAGGAUCUUUCUGUUAUUUGUUGGAUUCAAUAAACAACCGUUACUGUU